AUGGCAGACACAGAACCGGUCCGCUCGCCGUUGAGCACGCCAGAUGCUGAAGCCGGCGAGCAUGGCUCCCCAGAACUUGCACCACCAACUUCCAACAAGGCGGCUUCAGACAGGGAAGAAGGCGAGGAGGUGGAGGGUGAGGACGACAACUCCAAGAGUAGGCCGAAAGCCGAUGACAACGAUGAAGGUGGCGAUGGUGACGGUAAUUCGGAAGAUGACCUGCUGUCGGACGUGGACGAGGACCAGUUUGAGGACUACGACCCGGCCACGGCAUACAUUGAAGAGCGCCCGAUCACAAUCGACGAAGAAGCAGCCCGCGGAUUAAAAUCGGCCAAGCGCAAGCGAUCCGCUGGAGAUGGCAAGGCCCAAAAAGCCAGAGAAGCUCGCCGCGACAAAAAGCGGCGGCCGGUUGCAGGGAAGGAAGAAGAAGAAGGAGACGUAGCACCCGGAAUCACCAAAAGCGACGGGCCGAAGAGGUCGCGCAGGCCACAUGGAGGCGAGAACGUGGCCCGUAGGAAGAAGUCCCAGUCGCCAGAGGUGAACGAAGAAGACCUGUCGCCAGAGGAGCGCCGCAAACGGGCGCUGGAUCGGGCAAUCAACCUCGCUAUCCGCAACCCGAACAAGCGGAGACGGAAACAGGAUGAAGAGGACCUCGAGCAAGCUGCCGACGAAGAGAUCGCACAACUUAAGAUCAGGAUGGAGAAGGCGUGCAUGGCCGAUAUCGACGCACGCGCCGAGGGCAAACCGGCGGUGAGCAAGCUGCAGCUGCUACCGCAGGUAAUGUCCGUAUUGAAUCGCAACGAUAUCCAGGAGACGGUGCUGGAUCCGGAAACCAACUUUCUGCAGUCGGUCAAGUUUUUCCUCGAACCGCUGAAUGACGGCUCGCUGCCGAGCUACACCAUCCAACGUGACAUCUUCACGUGUCUCACAAAGUUGCCGAUUGAGAAGGAUGCUCUUUUGAGCAGUGGCAUCGGCAAAGUCGUGCUGUUCUACACGCGCAGCAAGCGGGCGGAACCCACGAUCAAGCGCAUGGCUGAGCGUCUGGUCGGCGAGUGGAGCCGGCCGAUCCUCAAAAAGACUGACGACUUCAAGAAGCGCUACGUCGAGACUCGCGACUACGACUAUCGUGCUGCCAAGAUUGCCGAGCAAGGCACCCAAAGCCAAUAUACGCUUACAGAGCGGCCCAUAUCACGCUUUGAGCUGGACAAGGAGCUGCAGCUAGCACCGCCAGUGGUGAACCCGAAUCGGGCGCAGCCAGUGGGCUUGCCGCAGUCCUACACAAUUGCUCCGAAGAGCACAUUCGACGGAAACAGGACCGGAGGGGAGUUCCGGCCGAUUGGCGCCAGCAGCAUGGAGGCGUUCCGCCGGAUGACGCAGAAGGCCAAGCAGCGGAACAAGAAGAAAUGA